GCACGUGGAUCCGCGCACAUGUUGACGCUCGUAAACUGCCGAGAGAAAGAGCCAGCAAAGACACAAACCGAUGAACGGCCGGGCGGUGUGUGUGUGUGCGUGUGUGUGAGAGGACGAGAGAGAGAGCUGAGGCUGGGUGCCCCGAUGCUGCUCCAGCUACGGAGUGUGUACUGACGGAUCUGUCGUAUCAAAGUAGGAGAUAGAGACGUUAACGGCAGUUUGUGGCAGCUUCUGUUUUUAUCACACAGCACUGACGCGAUGCAGUCCCAGGGUAGCACUUCCUCCCAGCCCUCCUUCGACUCCCUGAGCUCCAGCGACAGCCUCCUGUUCAGCGACUCGGAGCAGGCGGAGGAUGACACAGACGUCUUCUUGACAGACAGCUCCUCCUCCGUCAGCAUCGGAGGAACGGGCGGGGUCGCGUCCAAUGGGGACGGAGGAUCGGAGAGCCCAGGGUCCCAGUGGGCAUGCGACGGCUUCACCGACAAAGAGGAAGAGGAGUACAGUUCGAGGAGCGGCGGCAAGGCAGCUCACAUCAGGUUGGACGAGACGGAUCCCACCGGCCAGAUCCCGAAGUCCCAGGGAGACCUGCUGUUUGCUCAAAAGUGUGCUGAGCUACAGGGUUUUGUCCGGCCCCUGCUAGAGCUGCUGAAUGGACUGAAGAGGGGCCGAUUCGACCGUGGUUUGAGUAGUUUCCAGCAGAGCGUUGCCAUGGACCGAAUCCAGAGGAUCGUGGGCAUUUUACAGAGACCCAACAGCGGGGAGAAGUACUUGAACACUCUCCUCCAGGUGGAGAUGAUGCUGAAGCUUUGGUUUCCUCAUAUCCUGACUCAACCCGUCUCUGCAGCCUCCAGCGUCGCCACGUCCCCUGCACGCUCCCUCCAAGACAAUACCAGCUCCACCCCGCCGCACAAGCACAGGGAUCAGUUACAUAUUCCCGUCAAGAAACGCAGACUCAGCUGGACAGGUACGGACUCCCCUACACCUUCCCCUGUGCUUCUCAAGUGUCCUCGCAUCAGUGCAGAAGAGAGGAGGGGUAAGCAAGAUGAUGAUGAAAGGGACCACCCUCCUCCUCCGCCUCCUCCUCCUCCUCCAUCACUGACAUCUGAUGCAAACCAAAAUUCACCAGAUGUGGCCGGUGACAGUCAGCGAAACGAGGACGCAAAGGGAAAGGACAGUGACGGCGAGGAACCGGGCAAGCUAUCAAAGCCGUAUAAAGCAGGUCAAAGCUCUGAGCCCAGCCUGACGUGGGUGCACGUCGCCCCCAUCCUGUCCCCACGGAAGGCGUGCGCCUCACACGAGGGCACAACAGCGGCAGGUACCAGCGAAAACCAGCUUGUCACCGCCGUCCUCCCACCCAGCAGGAGGGGCAGUCCGGCUACGCAAGACAGCUCCAUCUCUUCUACCACACCUUACAAGCAACCCAGAAAUCUAAAGAAGCCAAUCCAGUGCCAAAGCCAGCCUGUUGCUGGACAACAGUGUGAGAGUGAGACCAUCGUGACCUGCCAGGGUCAAAGCCAAUCUCCUCAUGUCACACUUAAGCCUUUGCCCAGGGUGUGCCCCACCCCCUUAGAGACCUGAUGCAUCCAAGAAGCAAAGAGCCGGCAGCCUCGCUUUGUUACACCACCAGGCUGAAAGCUGCAGUGAGAGCAAGAAGGGAAGAGGCUGAUGAUUAUAAAUGCAUUAAAGAGAAGAAGGGAGGAAGGAAUUAUAGGUGCUUAGAGGCUGAAGACGAAUGAUAGAUCGCACGCAACCACUCAUCAAGAACACAGUUACAACAGUUAUUUCAAACAGGAUAUAAUGUGUUUGUAUGAAUUAAAUAUGUGUUGAUAAUCACAAUUCUGUUAUAAUCUAAACGUGUAUAAAAGUGGUAGUGGUUGAGGGAGUAUAUGAAAGAACACCUGAAACUUGAAGGCUAUUUACAGGUUAAUGACCAAUAGGAGAGAUUUUCAAGAAUGAUAGGAGAAAAUAAUAAUUUCUCCUCAGCAUGAAAGCAAUCAGAGAUGUUUCAGCAGACAUCUAACUUGAAGGUUGAAUAGACGAAUUCAUGUCAAUAUUCAGAAUGAAAGCUGUGAUGAGGCAACUCUAGUUAGGGUUCAAUCCAGAGUGCAGGGUGAGCUGAAUUUGAUUCUAGUCUUACAGCAGGAGACAUGUUUGAGCUUACGUUCACUUGUAGAUAGAAUUGAAGCAUCUGGCUUGAAGAGGAGAAGUGACAAAAAGUCAUUGAAAAUCUUGUAGCUAGUGAUGUGUACAGAACGCAGCAUUAUACUGUACGUGUGGUGUGUUAGAGUCAUUGGAGACUGUGGAAAAAGAAAUGACGUCAUCAACUCGCGAAUGUAAUCCAAGAACUGUUGGGGCACUUGGCUGGCAGAUCUGUGGCAAAGCAUUGAGAGGAGUGACAUCACGGCGAUCAGAGGUCACAUAAGUUUUCUAGUCGCGCUGUUGGACACAGAUGUUUCUGCCUGGUCCACACACGACAAACUGAAAAGGAAUCAUGAAAAAUCCAAGAAAGACUUUUUUUAAAGACCAGCCUGAGGAAAAACAAGGACCACUCAAAGACACAUGACUCGAGUCCCACAGUUAAUUUAUUCAUGUGUUGAUCUGACACUGCAUUUAUUUAUUGUUUGUAUUUAUUUAUUGGGCAGCUGAGUAUCGCCUGCUGUGCGCUUGCAUAGUUUGGCCUACAUUUUCUUUUUUGAGGCGAUUGGGAAGAUGCUAUUGACAUUUUGUUAGUGGUUUUUAAUUGCUGUCAUGAGGAGAGAAAAAAAAAAAACUGAAGGAAGUGAAAUCUUAUGAUUGGA